UCGGCAAAAGCCGGGCUCGGGCGGAAGUCACUCUGAAGCGUCGGCAGGGGAGGCCAGUGAACGCCAGCCGGGAGCUGGAGCGUCCGGGGCUUGUGAGGGCCCCACGGCCCUAGCAGGUGGAAUUGGGCUAUUUGCUGAAGCUUCUUUCCCUGGUAGGCCAGGGAAAAAUUUACAUUUUGACUUUCUUUUAAUCAUGGCUUUGGUUCAUAAAUUGCUGAAUGGCACUUAUAUUCUCAGAAAAUGCCCGAAGCCAAGUGUUGCCUCUUGUCCAUUUUUGGGUACUCGCUUUGCAGAUUAUUGUUCCAGCAGUCUUGAGAAACCAGUGGCUGCUCCUGGCAAAGCCUCUUCUCAGAGGAAGACUGAAGAGAAUUUGGAAGGACAUCACCAGAGAGAAGUUGCUUUGGAUAUAACUUCUCCUGAGGACAAGCCUGAAGUUAGUUUUGAUAAAGCAAUUAAAGAAGAAAUAAAGGACCAUUUUAGGCGUUUGAAGGAUGAUAUUGUGCAUCAUUGGAUAGGGCCUGAAGGCCGCCCUCUGCAUGAGGUCUUGAUGGAACAAGCCAAGGUUGUCUGGCAGUUCCGUGGCAAAGAAGAUUUGAAUAAGUGGAUAGUGACUUCUGAUAAGACGAUUGGUGGCAGAAGUGAAGUGUUCCUGAAAAUGGGCAGGAGUAACCAAAGUGCACUGCUGUAUGGAACUCUGAGCUCUGAGGCACCCCAGGACGGGGAGAGUGGCCGAAGUGGAUACUGUGCAAUGAUAUCCAAGAUUCCAAGGGGCCCUUUUGAGAGGAAGAGGCUUUAUGAUUGGUCCCAGUUCAACACUCUGUAUCUUCGUGUCCGUGGAGAUGGUCGGCCUUGGAUGGUGAAUAUCAGGGAGGACACGGAUAUAAUCCAGAGGAAGGAUCAGAUGUACAGUUACUUCAUGUUCACCCGUGGGGGGCCCUACUGGCAGGAGGUCAAGAUUCCUUUCUCCAAAUUUUUCUUCUCUAAUCGAGGAAGAAUCCGGGAUGCCCAGUACCAGCUAAUGCUUGACAAGAUCUCUUCUAUCGGAUUCACCCUGGCUGAUAAAGUGGAUGGUCCAUUCUUCCUAGAAAUAGAUUUUAUUGGAGUAUUUACUGAUCCAGCCCACACAGAAGAAUUUGCCUAUGAAAAUUCUCCAGAGCUUAAUCCAAGACUUUUUAAAUAGAGAUCAUGUAGUAUUUCUGUAUUACUAAACUAAGGGUAGUAGAAUCCACGAUGACACAAAAAUAUAGUACUUCUUUAAUGGCAUCCAAACAAUGGCUGGUAUGUAUUCCCUAAAACAUAGCUAAAUGCUGCUGCUAAGAGGGACCAGGAUCUAAGCUGUACCUUAACUUAAAGAAUCAAGUACUGGGCUUCCCUGGUGGCGCAGUAGUUGAGAGUCCGCCUGCCAAUGCAGGGGACACGGGUUCGUGCCCUGGUCUGGGAGGAUCCCACAUGCCGCGGAGCAGCUGGGCCUGUGAGCCAUGGCUGCUGAGCCUGCGCGUCCGGAGCCUGUGCUGCGCAACGGGAGAGGCCACAACAGUGAGAGGCCCGCGUAAUGCAAAACAACAACAACAAAAAAGAAUCAAGUACUGAUGCAGAGGUACUACGUAAAUAACUGUUUUUGGUUAGAAUGAUUCCUAUUAGCAACAGUUCCUAUAUAAGUAGGUGGUUUCCAAAGCAGGGAGUCUCUGAGGUGACUGUUUAUGGCCCUCUACCAUUCUAUUCCUUAUAGGUUUCUUCUGUUUUCUAAUCUAUCAGGAUAGGAGACUGUUGAAGAAUAUUAAGGUGCUGUAGUAGUCACUGGGAAAAGAUACCUGUUUUAGUCUGCCCAAGCUGCUAUAACAAAUUACUAUAGACUAGGUGGCUUAAACAAAACACAUAUGUAUUUCUCACAGUUCUGGAGGCUGGGAAGUCCAGGAUACCUGGUGUCUGGUGAGUACUUCUUGGCUUGUAGACAGCUGCCUUCUUACUGUAUCCUCACAUGGAGAAAACAAGUUCUAGUCUCUUUCUCUUCAUAUAAUAGCACUAACCCCAUCAUGAGGGUGCCACCUGCCUGACCUAAUUACCUCCCAAAGGCCUCCAAGUAUACCUCAAAGUACCAAGUCACAUUUGGAAUUAGGAUUUCAGUAUAUGAAUUGGGCAGGCGGGGGCGGGGAAUGGACACAAGCAUGCAGUCCAUAACACCUGCAUAGCUGGUUCUCCAAAGAUGCGUGAUCCUUACCAGUUCUUACUUUAUAGACUAAUGUCCCCAAGGCUUCCCCAGUCAUUUUUAGUAUUAGAGAUUGUAUAUACCAAAAAUAAGACCUUGAUUAACAGUUUAAACUGAUCAAUUCUUGUCAUCUUAGAGGAAGAAGUAGGAAACUAUAUGAUAUAGCCAGAGUACCCUACGAGAGCCAAGUUUAAAAUAAGAGAAUACACAAAGGCUGAUAGCUUUCCCAUCAUCUUGGCCUAAAAUACCUAUUUUGUAUGUUUUCAUAUAAUUAUCUGUUUUUCAGCUUUAUUGAGGUAUAAUUUACAUAACAAAGUUCAUCUGUUUUAAGUAUACAAUUCAAUGAUUUUUUAGUUUAUUUACUGAAUCGUGCAGUCUUUUUUUUUUUUUUGGCCGUGCCACAUGGCUUGCUGGUUCUUAGUUCCCUGACCGGGGAUUGAACCCAGGACCAUGGCAGUGAAAGCGCCAAAUCUUAACCACUGGACUGCCAGGGAAUGCCCAGAAUUCUGCAGUCUGUCUUUACAUGAACUAAUUCUAGGAAAUUUCCAUCAGCCUAGAAAGAAACCUCAGUGCCUCUUUACAGUUACUCUUCAUUCCCACUCUCAGCCCCACAAUUACUAAUCUACUUUUGCUAUAGGUUUAUCUUCUCUGGAUAUUUCAUAUAUGUAGAAUCAUAUAUGAUCUUUUGUGUCUUGCUUCUUUUCACUUAGCGUAAUGUUUUUGAGGUUCAUCCAUGUUGUAGCGUGUUUAUCAGUAUUUCAUUUUUUUAGUGCAUAUUUUUUAAAUCCAUCCAUUGAUGGAUAGCUGGAUUUUUCUGCACUUUUUGGCUACUGUGAAUAAUACUGCUGUAAAUAUUUGCAGACACAAGUUUUGGUGUGGACAUAUGUUUUCAUUUCUUAGAAUUGCUGGGUCAUAUGGUGGAUGUACAUUUAAAUAUUUUAAAGAAACUACCAAACUGUUUUCCAAAGUGGUUAUAUCAUUUCACCUUCCCAGUAGCAGUGUAUUUGACACAGAUUUCUUGAUUGAUCUGAUCUCUGCCUCUUGAUAGCAAAAUCUGAGUUUAUUAAGCACCCAGGAGUAUGCCAUGUUCUAUGGGCCCAUAUAUGUAUAACAAUAAGUAUAACAGAAUCUGACAGGUGCUGUGAAAAUACAAAAGGACAUAGUGAUUUCUUCUAGGAGUGGGGAGUGUAAGGUCAAGAAAGGAUACACAAAGAGUACAAGUCAACUCUUGUUAGUCUUGGCUGGUCAACUAAAUUUUAGAAACCAAUUACAUUUACAAAGAAUGAAUCUACCACCAUGAGAAAAAAUUUUAUUUAUGAAAAUUUUAAGCAGUACAAAACUCAGAAGCUCCAUUCGGGUGCAACAGACAUGGAUAUGAUACUAAGCAACUCUAGUCUUUUCCAUAAAUUGAGUAAGAUGUAUAAGUUUGACAGAGCAUAUAGUAAUCCUUAAAGCAGCAAUCCUCAAAUUUCAAUAUGACCUUGUAUAUUUUUAAAUAAGCCAGGCUAGAAUGAGCUAUAGAGUUUUGUUUUUAAGAAUAUAUUGAGGAAAAAAAAAGAUAUGUAAUUGACAAUUACAUGAAGUGAUCUGAAAGAGGUACAUAGAAGCUUAAAUGAAACAUUUCGCAUAGAUAAAAUAUUGAUGCCUCAUAAACCCAUAUGGCCCACAGUUUCAGUAAGACUACUAGGUUCUCUAUAGGAUGAAGAGGUGGCCUUUCACAGCUUACCCUAUUCAUAACUUGUUCAAUUUCUAGUAAAGUCUGUAGUAUAACUAGCUACCAUCAGGUAAGUGCUUUUGCCUAGAAGAGGACUGAAGUUCUGUUAUUAGAGCCAGCAGAGGGAACUUGACCUUAAAAAUCUAGGUCAAGAAUUUAUAGGAUGGGUCUUUUAAGAAAACUGAGUUAGUUGUACAGGGGCUUAGGUAAAAACUAUUUCAAAACAAUUUGAGAGCUUUAAAGGUAGUAAUGUCUUUUCAGGGGUAAAACGUGAAGAAGCCACAGACACUACAUAUAUAUGAACAAAGUUAAGAGCAGAAAAAGGUCUUUUGGCUAAAGUGAGAGGACAGUACAAAAAUAUUUACAAAAGAGGGUUCAGAGAAAAGGAAUAUUUAUGGGAUAUUAAAUUAUGAAUGUUCAGCCAUAAUGAGGCCCCUUCGAACUCCCAGAACCUUUGCUUUCUUCUCCUUUCGUUCUUGCUCAUGUUUCUUCCGUUGCUCCUCCCUAAGGAGGGAUAGGUAUACGUUAGGCUCUAGUGAAGCUCCAAACGGACCACUUUAAAGCACCUGUUGUUAGACUAAUGUCCAAGCUUAAAAUGACAUCCAGCACACUUGUGUAAAGCACACUCUUACAGGACACUGUGCUCUGUCCAGUGGUCUGUGUGAUGGAAGCCGCACCUGUAAGUCACUGUUGUGUUAAAAGGCUAGAACUUGGGGGUUUUUUUGUUGUGUUUUUAAUGUUAAGGCAGCAUUCUAUCAAGCAUGGAAUAGGAAGCAGAAGACACCUUGGAGAUCGAAUCCAACCCCUGUAGUUUUUUUUAGUUUGUUUUAAAUGAGAAACCUCUACCUGUGGAAGUCAAAGGUCAAGCUCAAAAUCACAUUGUCUAAUGAAAGUGCUAUAAUUGGAAUCAGGGUCUCUGACUUAAACCACUAUGAUUUUGGGGGGAAGGAAUUAAGAGAAAAAAAGGCCCAGAAUCAUGAUAAUGAUUUUAAUAGCAAAUAAUAAGGUCUUGGUGGUAGCUGGCAAGUCAAAUGGUAGUUAACCCGGUAUCAGGAGGGUGUCACACAGGGAAUCGGCAAACCAGGACCAGCUGCAGCCCAGGACAGACUCUGGCAUUAACUUGGUUUUCACGCAGAAAGAAGCCUCUAAGGAUCAUCCUGGGGUUUCCCCCUGUGUAGAGCCCUGAAGCCUAGAAAGCCUGGUUUCCCUGGGAGUGUGAAAUUUAUGUGCAUACUUAGGUGCCCUGGGCACCUGGAUUGGUAUCUGGAGGGACAUCCAGGUGCACUGUUUGGGCAGAUAGGUCAUGUAAGAGCAGUGCUGUGAACCGGGUCCUCUUCUGAAUCACCUGCAGAGCUUUGGAAACAAUGCAGAUACGUGGGUCCCAUCUCAAACCUACUGAAUUAGAACCCACUGUGGUAUUGCCUAGGCACAUGUACUUUUAGAAAGUUCUGUAUAUGAUUCCACUUCUACCCUCUUCUUAAACACCACUAUUACUGUGACUCUAUCCCUCAGAGACUCUGCUUUUAUAUACAGUCUUUCAAAAUUAAAAGAAUUAUAGAACUGGAUAAUUAUGUACUUACCUGGUCUGGCGAUGAGGUUGUUUAUAACUUUUCUUGUGUAAGCUAACUCUGUUGACAUGUUCAUUCAGAGAACUGUUUUCUUUAGAUUGUCCCCAUGGUUUCAGUUUUCCUAGUUUAAGACAGAGACAGAUUUAAGAAGAUUCUUGGAACUUCCCUGGUGGCGCAGUGGUUAAGAAUCCGCCUGCCAAUGCAGGGGACAUGGGUCGAGCCCUGGCCUGGGAAGAUCCCACAUGCCGCGGAGCAACUAAGCCUGUGUGCCACAACGACUGAGGCUGCGCUCUAGAGCCCGCGAGCCACAACUACUGAAGCCUGCGCUCCUAGAGCCCAUGCUCCGCAGCAAGAGAAGCCACCGCAACGAGAAGCCCAUGCACCGCAACGAGGAGUAGCCCCCACUCAGUGCAACUAGAGAAAGCCUGCGCGUAGCAAUGAAGACCCAAUGCAGCCAUAAAUAAAUAAAUGAAAAGAUUCCUGUAUUUCUAUUCCUAAUUUUCUCUUUAUCUGUGGCUACCUGCUUG